AUGGCCUUUGCCACCAGCGCAUUGCUCUCUUCAAACUUUCUCGGAAGGAAGGUUCUAGUAUCGCCACCAACCCCCAAAACAACCAAAACUGCCACUCCGUUGCCGUUUCUUUUCAAGAGAAUCAUCUUCAACGCUCAAAAACCCGACUCGGAGAAACUGAAUUCUGCAUCUUCACAAGCUGCUCUAGCGGCCCUUAUAUUUUCUUCCGCCACUCUCUCUGCGACCCCACACGCCCUAGCCGCUGAUAACGUCACCCCGCCCCCCGUAAUCGAAGCGCAACAGAGCCAAUUAAACCCCUCCAACUCAAACUCCGCACUUUUCUCUCAGAACCUUCUCACAGCACCCAAACCCCAAGCCUCUUCGGACCUCCCCGAAGGCACCAAUUGGCGCUACAGCGAGUUCUUGAACGCCGUUAAGAAGGGUAAAGUCGAGCGAGUCAGGUUCAGCAAAGAUGGUUCCGCACUCCAACUAACCGCCGUUGACGGCCGUCGAGCCUCCGUUAUCGUCCCCAAUGACCCUGACCUUAUCGACAUCCUCGCCAUGAACGGCGUCGACAUUUCCGUCGCCGAAACCGAAUCAGCUAACGGCUUGUUCAACAUCAUAGGCAACUUGCUCUUCCCCUUUCUAGCAUUCGCCGGCUUGUUCUUCCUCUUCCGCAGAGCCCAAGGCGGGCCCGGUGGACCCGGUGGGUUAGGCGGCCCCAUGGACUUCGGGCGGAAUAAAUCCAAAUUCCAAGAAGUCCCCGAAACGGGGGUUACCUUCGCUGACGUGGCGGGCGCGGACCAAGCCAAGCUUGAACUGCAAGAGGUUGUUGAUUUUUUGAAGAACCCUGAUAAGUAUACUGCGCUGGGUGCGAAGAUUCCGAAGGGUUGUCUUCUGGUGGGGCCACCCGGAACCGGGAAGACGCUUCUAGCUAGGGCUGUGGCGGGAGAAGCUGGAGUGCCGUUUUUCUCGUGCGCGGCUUCGGAAUUCGUGGAGCUGUUUGUGGGGGUUGGUGCGUCGAGGGUGAGGGAUUUAUUUGAGAAGGCGAAGAAUAAGGCGCCGUGCAUUGUUUUCAUUGAUGAGAUUGACGCCGUGGGGAGGCAGAGAGGGGCGGGGCUUGGAGGGGGCAACGAUGAGAGGGAACAGACUAUUAACCAGCUUCUGACGGAAAUGGAUGGGUUUUCUGGUAACUCUGGAGUUAUUGUUUUGGCUGCGACGAACAGACCUGAUGUUCUUGAUUCUGCAUUGUUGAGGCCUGGCCGGUUUGAUAGGCAAGUUACUGUAGAUAGACCUGAUGUUGCUGGCCGAGUUAAGAUCCUUCAGGUGCAUUCAAGAGGAAAGGCACUUGCAAAGGAUGUUGACUUUGAAAAAAUUGCAAGGAGAACCCCCGGAUUCACUGGGGCUGAUCUGCAGAAUCUGAUGAAUGAGGCGGCUAUUCUUGCAGCUAGGCGUGACCUCAAGGAAAUAAGUAAAGAUGAGAUAUCUGAUGCGCUUGAAAGGAUCAUAGCCGGACCCGAAAAGAAAAAUGCUGUGGUCUCAGAUGAGAAGAAGAAAUUGGUAGCAUACCACGAGGCUGGCCAUGCUUUAGUAGGCGCUUUAAUGCCUGAAUAUGACCCCGUAGCCAAGAUAUCAAUUAUUCCUCGUGGCCAAGCUGGUGGUCUCACAUUCUUUGCUCCCAGCGAAGAGAGGCUUGAGUCUGGAUUGUACAGUAGAAGCUACUUGGAAAAUCAGAUGGCUGUUGCUCUGGGUGGAAGGGUCGCUGAAGAGGUUAUUUUUGGACGGGAAAAUGUCACGACUGGAGCAUCAAAUGACUUCAUGCAGGUUUCACGAGUGGCAAGACAGAUGGUUGAGAGAUUUGGGUUCAGCAAAAAAAUUGGACAAGUUGCCAUUGGUGGACCUGGUGGAAAUCCAUUCUUGGGUCAGCAGAUGUCAACGCAAAAAGAUUACUCCAUGGCAACUGCCGAUGUAGUGGAUGCGGAAGUAAGGGAACUGGUAGAGAGAGCAUAUUCUAGGGCAACAAAUAUUAUCAAUACUCACAUUGACAUACUUCACAAGCUUGCUCAACUUCUCAUAGAAAAAGAAACUGUUGAUGGUGAAGAGUUCAUGAGCCUGUUCAUCGAUGGAAAGGCCGAAUUAUAUGUUGCAUAA